AUGGGUGAUUCCGAUUUAAAAUCUAAAAUUAACAACACAGACAGCAAAAACCCGGUGUUGAAACAGGCCGAACUUGAUUAUAUGAAGAUUAUCGAACAGAAAAACCUUGAACGCGUACAAAAGUUGCAACAGAUUUCUAAAAGAAACAGGAUUACUGGUUGCGCGAUUGGAGCAGGAGUUUUUGGUAUAUACAUGUAUUCAAUAUAUGCGAUCAAGCAGGAAACCUUCCUUGACGACUUUGACGAGCCAGCGAAGGUGCAGCAAUAA